UCGAUUUUUCCAUUUGUUCAAUCAGUUCAAAAUCGGGUCUCAAUCAAACAGUAUCACGAGAACAAUAAUGUUGACAACGGGUAGAGGUAUAUGUGUGGUAGCUUUAGUUGUGGUAAUCGCAGUUUGUGCAACUAAUGGCAGAGAGAUAGCGAGAGACAAACGCGAUGUUUUCGAUUUGGAACCGGCCGAAUCCAAGCACUACAAAAAAGGAGGUGGCAAAGAACAUCACUCCGAACACCAUGCCAGCCAUGGCGACAAAGGCGAUAAAGGUUAUAAAGGACAUCAUUCCCACGAAAAGGGAGAAAAGGGCCAUCAUGAUAAAGAAGACCACAAAAAACACUACGAAGAACAUGGCGGACACAAGAAGAAGCAUCAUCACGAUGACGGCUACUACGGCGAACACCACAAAGGCGAAAAGGGAGAAAAAGGCCAUAAAUUCGGAGAAAAAGGCUCCUACAAAAAGGGACAUAGCACCCAUGGAGGCCAUGAUGUCCACAAAUUAGACGAAUUCAAGAAGGAGAAGCACUUCUACGAUGAGGACCAUGACGAAGGCCACCAUUCCAAACACGGUGGUUUCCACCACGAAGAUGGCUACAAGAAGGGAGGUCACAAGAAAGGAGGGCACAAAAAAGGAGGCCACCACGAAGAUCACUAUGGAAAGAAGGGACAUCAUGAACACGGUUCCCACUAUCACGACGAAAAAGGUCACAAAGACGCUGGUGGUCACGACGAGCACUGGCACCACGAUUCUAAAUACGGUAAGAAGGGUGGCCACGACGACCACAAGAAGUGGGGAUUCGAAAAACACGAUAAGCAUUGAAUUAGCUAGUUUUUUUCAUUUUUUGUUAUUGUUGAUAAUGUUGGAUGUUUAUUAUAGAAAAUAAAUUUUUUCUACUUA